CCCUGCACGCUGCCCUUGCGGGGCAUGGCUUCCUCCUUUGGGGACAAACUUGACCAGAGAAAAGGAAUAUGGAGAAGAAAAUGAAAUUCCUGGGAUAGGAGGGUUGAGCGAGAGAGGUCAGAGCCCCCGGUCACGUCGCUUGAUGGGGACCGGGAGCAAACCUGACUUCUGGGCCGUCGUAACCUACCUUCCUGGGGUCUUCUGGGGAGUUGCUGGCUUCGGGAAGAUGAGAAGCUGCAUGUUGGGAUGGGAUUCGUAAUCAUCAGAAUGGAAGCAAAAUACCUGAAGAAAAAUCAGUUCUUCUUAAACCAGUGUAUUUCACCUGGCUACUAGUUUCAGGUGAUUUUCUUUAAGGCAACUGUGAUGUAAUUGAAGAGAAAACUCUUUUCUAGACUUACUGGUCACAAAUAUGCAGCGUCUAAGAACUAUUGUGCCAUGCUUCUGGAGAGUAUUUCAAUUGCGACCCUCAAGUUGUGAAAUGUUAACUAGCCAGAUGAAUAAGUGUACAGAUGAAGAGCAAAUAUUUGAUCUUAUUGAAAGGAACAAAGCCACCCUCUCAGAAAAGCAAGUGGGAUGUGCAUUUAAUAUCCUUUGGGAGUUCCAAAAGCAGAAGACCAGCGUGUUGAAAAGUGUUGCGUACGUCAAAGACCACUCCCAGUUUCUGACCCUCCGUAAUGUGACUACAGAUAAAGUAGAACUGAUGACCGAUGACUCCCUGGUGAAUGUGUUGUACAUCAUGCAACAAUUUGGUGUUGAGCCCCAUGACCCUCUAAUUGAAGCUCUCGUUAUGGAAGCCUGCAGGAGACUGGAAAGGUUUGAUAUUACUGUGCUGUCAAAAUUUUCCUCUUGCCUGACAGAUCAACAUUUGAAUUUUAGCCCACUAAUGGGAAAAAUAGCUGACAUUGUGAAUAGAAAUUUGGAAACCAUACAGGAUUUAAGUGAUUUGAUUAUGAUACAUCUUUUAUUUUUCAGAAUUGCUUCAGUUGUACAUAAAAACUUGGAUACCUAUAAACCGCAGGAGUUGUUGAAGAUAACUCGAGCACUGAUUUUCCUGCAUUUUCAAAGUAAAGACAUUUUUGUGAAACUCAGAGAAUUACUGCUUAGCGGCUUGAAGACGAGCGUCGUGCCGCGGGAGAUGGCGCUGCUGGCCUAUGCGCUCUCCAAGCUCCCGUGGCCCCACCUCGACGACGCAGGGACGGCCCGCGUCCAGGCCGUUUUACCACAGUGCGACCUCAGUGACCUCAGUAGUAUCGCCACCUGCGUUUCAAGAUGGAUCCAGUGUGAGCCCCGCACGCACCUGAGCAGCGUGACUGGGACACAGCUGAGCCUGCUCCACCAGUUAGCUCAUCAUGGCCGCCAGAGGCUGCGGGCAAGCAGCAGCCUGGACCAGCUGUGGGAGGAACUGAAAUCUCUCAAAGGAGACUGGCUCGCCGAGUCCCUUCUGGAGGACACCAUGGCGACCCUUCAGCAGCUGGCCGGGGAGAUUAACGUCACCAAUGUCGUGAGCAUCGCAUCGUUCAUUUCCAGGACGCGCUACCUCAGCACUGCGCUCCUCGACAGGAUAGCCGCGGUGGUCCUGCAACAGAUCGAAAAGAUCCAUCCUCUUUCAAUCCUUGCUAUUAUCCUCCCAUUCAGCAUCUUGAACUAUGAUCCACCUCAAAGGGAUGAAUUCUUGGGAACUUGCAUUCAGCGUCUUAAUUCUUACCUAAGUACAUUCGAUCCUCUGAUGUUAGUGUUUCUUGCUUUCUCUUUGGCCACCCUGGAACAUUUUCCAGAAGAACUGAUAAAGGCAAUUUUUAACAUCAAAUUCUUAUCCAAAUUGGACUACCAACUUGAAUUCUUACCUUCAUCUCUAAACUUGAGGGUGCAGUUACGGCUGAUGGAGUUAAAUCGAGCGGUCUGCUUGGAAUGCCCUGAGUUUCAGAUCCCAUGGUUUCACGACCGUUUCUGCCAGCAGCUGCAUAAUAAAGAUUCUGGAAGCAUCAAUGGAGCACAACACCAGAUGUAUAAUAUGCUUGCAGAAGUACUAGGGGGAAUCAAUUGUGUAAAAGCCUCGGUUCCUACACCUUAUUACUACACAUUACAUUUUGAGUGUAUAUUAGAUAAAAGGAAAAAACCUCUGCCUUAUGAAAGCCAAAACACAAUUUGGUGGAAAGUGCCAGAUGUCCAUUGGAAAUCCAAUAUUCAAAUAGCUGGAUCAAGGCUACCACCAGGAGCUGAAAGGAUUGCUCUGGAGUUUUUGGAUUCAAGAGUUUUUUGUAGAAACAUCCAUCACUUAAAGGGAAUAUCUGCCAUGAAAAUACGACACUUGGAAAUUUUGGGUUAUCAUGUAAUUCAGAUUCCGCAUUUUGAAUGGAACUCAAUGGCUCUAUCAACAAAGGAUGCUCAGAUGGACUACCUGAGGGAACGGAUAUUUGGAGAAGGCAAAUCAUCAUCAUAGUCUUUUUUUUUUUUUCAUCAUCAUAGUCUUGAUGUGAAAUUAGCUUUCGUCAUUUGUUGCAACUAGACUUAUUUUAAUUAAGUGAUUGGUUAAAAAAUAGUGUGGAAUUAACUGAAUACAAGACCUAUUGAAUACCUCUUAAAAUAAAGUUAAACAGAUAUUUUUUUAAUGGA